CAAUCAAAACCUUAUCCUAUCACAAAGAAAAUUAUCAGGAUUUUGUUGAAAGAGAUUGACAGUCAUAUAGUAGUUAGUGUAAAGAUAUGGAUUGAAUCCAAAUGCAGAAGGUAUAAAAAGAUAGAUGAAUAUGAUUCAGAA